GUCAGCUGAUAAAGUGAUAUGUACAUGGUAUAUAUACAUAUAAUUGGCGAGCCUACAGCAUUCGUUUACAACGUUAUCGAAAAUUUCUUUCGACUUUCUUGUCGAAGAGCGUGCAGAGACCUCCCAUCGACAUGUCUCGUUUGAGUUUCAAUGAAAUAAAGCAGUUCGAAGACAGUACGAACGAUGCAGACAUAAUCAAAAGUAUCAUCGAUACGGAGUGCGAAGAGGAACCAUUCUACAUUCUCGAUGUGGCCGAUGUGAUAGAAAAACAUAAAGAUUGGAUCAGUAAAAUGCCAAGGGUUACACCUCACUACGCGGUCAAGUGUAAUCCGGAUCCCACGGUCAUCAAAAUCUUGGCAGCCAUGAAUGCCAGUUUCGACUGCGCCUCCGAGCAAGAAAUAAGACAGGUGAUGAAAUACGGUGUGAUAGCUGAACGGAUUAUCUUUGCGAAUCCAGCUAAAUGCCCGUCUCACAUCAAGUUUGCCAAGAAGAUGAACGUCGACAAGAUGACGGUCGACAGCGAGAUAGAACUGCUGAAGAUCAAUGACCUUUUUCCGGAGGCGAAAAUAGUGAUUCGUAUUCGUUGCGAUGCCAAGGUUACGCAAAUACCGCUUGGUUCGAAAUUUGGCUGCGAUCCGGGCGAAGAGGCUGUGCGGUUGAUACAAUUCACUAAAAGUCUCGGCUUAACUUUGCACGGCUUCAGUUUUCAUGCUGGCAGUCCGUGCGGUGAAUUGAAAGCUUAUAGUAGAGGUAUUGCAAUGUGCAAAAGACUGGUAGCCAUCGCCAGGACAAUCGGUUUCAACGAUGUACAACUGAUCGACAUUGGGGGUGGUUUUCACGGGGAAACAGGAUCGUGUAUAGAUAAACUCUCUAGCGUCAUCAAUGAUGCCAUUUUGGACAUCGAUCCCAGUAUUACGAUCGUCAGUGAACCAGGACAAUAUUACGUGGCAUCCGCGUUUACUCUCGCCUCCUAUUUGCAUACGAAGAAAAUUGUCCCCCGUGGAGAGAAAAUGAUCAGAAUGUAUUAUAUGAAUUGUGGAGUGUAUAAUUCAUUUGUAGAGGAGCUGUUGGAUUUCAAAUCAAGAAUACCAAUUCCAUUGUACAAGCCAACGAGCGACGAGAAAUAUCUUUCCUUUGUUUGGGGUCCAACUUGUGAUUCUUUGGAUUGUAUAUUGAAGGAUGUGCUUUUGCCAGAAUUUCAAAUUGGUGAUUGGUUGAUUUGGAGAGAUAUGGGAGCCUACAGUAUAUCUCUCUGUUGUCCAUUUAAUGGUUUUUCCGCACCCCGAGUCUAUCCAAUUAUAAGAGAUAGUCAAUGGAAAUCGUUCACCACCUACAUCAAUGCAGGACAGAAAUCACAGAAGCCUAUCAGCUGGAAGAAUGGAGUAGAGAAUGCAUUUACAAUUAAAACAAGCUGAUAAUGAUAUUAGUCUAAGGUUAUUACAGUAUCGUACUUAUUUCCUGCAAUACUAGAUUAUACAGCUAAGGUUAUUUAUAGAAUUAUUUAUAGCAUUUCCAACGUUCAUUAUUUUAAGUAAUACAUAUGUUAAAACAGAAA